AUGCCCUCUCUCCCGCCCCGAUAUAGUCGCUGGAUACUCAUUGUGGGCCCAGUAAUCCUAAUCCUCUUGAUACUGCAAUUUAUGCACGCCGAUUUCAGCUCAAAGACCACGCAGGACGUGAUCAAGCCCGGCGCCGGGCUAACAAUUGAUACACACAACUCGACUGACCCAAGCGUUGAAACCAACCCAAAAACCGACCAUGUACCAUCAUCCUGUCCAACAGACACGGAAUUGGACUCCGUGCUCAUAGUGGUAAAAACCGGCAUCACCGAAGCACAAGACAAAGUCCCCGUCCACCUAAGAACGACUCUCCGCUGCGUGCCGCACAAGAUAAUCGUCUCCGACUUCGAAGAAGAGAUAGCCGGUACGCGCACGCACGAUGUCUUCCUCAACGUCUCCGACACCCUCAAACAAAACAACCCCGACUUCGACAUCUACAACCGCGCCCGUGCCGGAGGCCGCGCAGCCCUAACCUCCGAAGACCACACGAAAGUCGCCAACACCGCUUUCGGAAUGACCGACAACCCGGGGUGGAAACUAGAUAAGUGGAAAUUCCUCCCGAUGAUCCACACGGCGCGGCGCGCGAAGCCAGACGCCAAGUGGUUCGUGUUCCUAGAAGCCGACACGUAUCCGAUCUUGCCGAAUCUGCUCGGGUGGCUUGAGCAUUUCAAUUCCGAGGAUAAGCUGUAUCUGGGGAAUCCGAUGCAGAUUGGGGCUAAUUUGUUUGCGCAUGGUGGGUCCGGGUUUGUGCUUUCUCAUGCGGCUAUCCAUGCCGUGGCGGAUUUUCAUAAAUUGCAUAUUGAUGAGUGGGACGAGAUCACGGACCAGGAAUGGGCGGGGGAUUGUGUGCUGGGCAUGGCGCUUACUGCGGCUGGUAUUGGACUUACUUGGUCUUGGCCGCAUGUUACCACUCAGUCGGUUUGGGAUCAGGAUAUGUUGCAUGAGGGAUUUUCGAGGACGCCUUGGUGUUUUGCUCCUUUCACUUUCCACCACAUGACGCCGGCGGAUGUGGAUCGGUUUUGGGAAUUCGAGCAGCAGUGGUUUGCGGAUACAAACUCAAGCGUCCUCACAUACAGCGAUAUCUUCCGCAACCUCAUCCGCCCAACUCUCGCAGACCACCUAGACAACUGGGACAACUUUGCGAACGACGGCGACGACAAAGAGGAUUACAAGGGCCCCAAGACGCCGACUUCUUUGACCGCCUGUGCGGACUACUGCGCCGCAGACCCAGAGUGCAUCCAGUACCGGCUGACGUCCGACUCCCGCUGCACGACGUCCAAAGCGGUACUGCGCGGGAAGCCCGGGCCAGGUACGCAGUCAGGGACGAUGCUGUGGCGGGUUGAUGCUGCGGUAGGGCAGAUGGAGAAGUGUGAAAAGGUGUCGUGGGUGACCCGCUAG